AUGUCCAACAUUAAUGAGAAGAUAGGGAGUAUUAUUGGAUCUUCUGAUCCAGUAAUUAUAAAGUUUAUCUUGAAGAUGAAAAGCGAUUCAAAAACCGAACAGGACUUUAAAGAGCAUAUCGAAGCACUAGAUACUGGUCUUUCUCCCGAAGAUAUAAAACGAAUAUACGAUAUUUUGACUCUCAACCAUGAAGAGAAACCCAUUGCUGAAAAGAUUUCAGAAAUCCUGAAGGAUGACUUGGAUAUUACUGAUUCCAUAGUGUGUGACUUUAUCCUCGAUGUGAUAUCGAAAUCGAAUUCAUUGAACGACCUAACAAAGAGACUAAAUGAGUUAGACAGUGGUUUGUCUACUACAACUAUUAGUAAACUGUAUGAUGUUGCAAAACCACAAACACCUCCACAGGUGAAAAGAGAACUAGAGACAAAUCCAUUUAUUAAGAAAGAAGAAAAUCCUAGCGGACUGUCCUUACCAAAUCAAGAUAUAAAAUGGGAAAAAAUGGAUGACAAUUCCGAUUUAAUGUCUUUAUCCUCAGAAAUUGUAUUAGAUGAAUCUGCAAAAUUGAAUAAAAUCUACAAGGGACAAGUUAAGAAACUUGUUGCGUUUGGAUGUUUUGUACAAAUAUAUGGAACCAAGCUGAAAGAUUGUGAUGGACUUGUCCAUAUAUCAGAAAUGGCAGACACAAAAGUUAGAGACCCGAAGGAGAUUGUGGGAGAGGGCCAAAUUGUCUUCGUAAAAGUGAUUAAAGUUCAAUCGAAUGGAAAAAUUUCUUUAACCAUGAAACAUAUUGAUCAAAAGACUGGUAAAGAAUUUGGAGGAGGUGCCAACGCUAUUCCAUUAGAAAAUAAUAGGAGAGGUCGUGUUGAAUCCAGGAAUUCAAACGAGACGUCAAUUGAAAAGAAAAUAAAAAGAAGAGCAUUGACAUCACCAGAAAGAUGGGAGAUUAGACAGUUAAUAUCUAGUGGGGCAGCACCAAUUGAAGAUUAUCCCGAGUUGAAUGAAGAAAAGAAAGACAAUAAUUCUGAAACUGGAGAAACUCCAAGUAAUAACGAUAAUAAUGAUACUACAGAGGAUGAGGAUAUUGAAGUGGAGCUAAACUUGGAUGAUGAACCUGAAUUCUUGAAGGGUCAAUUAGAGAAGGGUGCCAAAAGAUUCGAAAUGCCAAAAAUUGUAAGAGUACCUAGAGGUUCAAUGAAUAGAGUGGCUAUGUACGGAUCAAAUGCCAUAAAACAGCAUAGAGAGGAUAAAUUAAGUAAAAAGAAGGAGAUUGAACAAGAGAUACGAAGAAAACGGGUUAAAGACGAUCCAACCAAAAAUCCAAAUGAAGUUAAGGAGGAGAUUGAAACAUUAAGGAAACAAUUAAUUAUUACGGCCUGGGAGAGAAAUAGAAUGAGAGAACGCAUUACAUACGGGAAACGAACUUCCCUACCAAUGACUACUCAAAGGAAAUCGCUACCUGUUUAUAAAAUGAGGGAUCAAUUGCUAGAAGCCGUCAGAGCAAAUCAAUUUUUGGUUAUUGUUGGUGAGACAGGUUCCGGUAAAACAACACAAAUUACUCAAUACUUAAAUGAAGACGGCUUCGGAACUAGGGGGAUAAUUGGGUGCACACAACCACGUAGAGUUGCUGCUGUAUCUGUGGCUAAAAGGGUUGCCGAAGAGUUUGGUUGUAAAGUAGGUGAAGAAGUCGGUUAUACGAUAAGAUUUGAGGAUCAGACAUCAAAGAGAACACAGAUUAAGUAUAUGACAGAUGGUAUGUUACAAAGAGAAUGUUUGCUGGAUCCAAUAAUCUCUAAAUAUUCUGUCAUCAUGCUAGAUGAGGCUCAUGAAAGAACUGUUGCAACGGAUAUUCUUUUCGCAUUACUAAAGAAAGCAGCGAUAGAAAGACCAGAUCUUAAGGUGAUUGUUACAUCUGCAACCUUAGAUUCAGCCAAAUUUUCCGCAUAUUUUAACAACUGUCCUGUUAUAAAUAUUCCAGGUAAAACUUUCCCAGUGGAAGUCUUGUAUUCACAAUCACCGCAAAUGGAUUAUAUUGAAGCUGCAUUAGAUGCUGUUGUUCAAAUACAUAUUAAUGAAGGUGCUGGGGAUAUAUUGGUAUUUUUGACUGGUCAAGAAGAAAUUGAUUCAUGUUGUGAAAUACUGUAUGAACGAGUAAAAACAUUAGGUGAUACUAUCGGUGAGCUAUUAAUUUUACCAGUCUAUUCUGCGUUGCCUAGUGAAGUUCAAUCUAAAAUCUUUGAACCAACACCAGAAGGAAGUAGAAAGGUGGUAUUUGCGACCAAUAUUGCUGAAACUUCCAUUACCAUUGAUGGUAUAUACUAUGUCAUUGAUCCUGGAUUUGCCAAAAUUAAUACAUAUAAUCCAAGGGCGGGAAUGGAACAACUUGUCGUGACGCCCAUCUCACAAGCCCAAGCAAAUCAAAGGAAAGGGAGAGCUGGUAGAACGGGUCCUGGUAAAUGUUAUAGACUAUACACUGAAUCUGCAUUCUACAACGAAAUGCUGCAGAAUAGCAUACCUGAAAUUCAACGACAGAAUCUCUCGAACACAAUAUUGAUGCUAAAGGCAAUGGGUAUUAAUGAUUUAAUGAAUUUUGAUUUUAUGGACCCACCACCUAAAAAUUUAAUGAUGCAUGCACUAGAGGAGCUUUUCAAUUUGGAGGCCUUAGAUAAUGAUGGGUUCCUAACGAAACUAGGUAAGAGAAUGUCACAGUUUCCGAUGGAUCCAACAUUAUCCCGAGCAUUAAUUUCCUCUGUAACUAACAAAUGUUCUGACGAAAUAGUUACCAUAAUUUCUAUGCUCUCAGUUCAAAACGUAUUUUCUAGACCGAAAGAGAAACAACAAGAAGCAGACCAGCGAAAGGCAAGAUUCCAUCAUCCAUAUGGGGAUCAUUUAACACUUUUAAAUGUCUACACACGUUGGGAGCAGAAUAGAUGCUCAGAUGAUUUUUGUACUCAAAACUUUUUGCAUGCAAGACACUUGAAGAGAGCGAAGGACGUUAAGAAUCAAAUAUCAAUGAUCUUCAGACAAUUGGGGCUACCAUUGACCAGUUGUCACGGUGACCCAGAUUUAAUAAGGAAAACAUUAGUGACAGGUUUCUUUAUGAAUGCAUCUAAGAGGGAUUCACAAGUUGGAUACAAGACUAUUCUUGGUGGUACCGUGGUUGGGAUCCAUCCGUCCAGUUCUUUAUAUGGUAAAGAGUAUGAAUAUGUGAUCUACCAUAGCUUAGUAUUAACUUCCAGGGAAUAUAUGUCACAAGUGACGAGCAUUGAAGCCAAAUGGCUUGUUGAACUUGCUCCUCACUUCUAUAAACCUACAGAUUCAGAUAGUUUGUCGCGUAAGAGAGUGAAGAUUACUCCCCUUUACAAUAAAUUUUCUAAAGAUCAAAAUUCUUGGAGGUUAAGUUCCAUUAGACAAUCAAGAGAAAGAGCAUUGGGUGUCAAAAGGUAG